AUGGCUUACGCCAAAUUUAAAGCUCACAGGUUCGCCUUUCUGAACGUCACCACCAUUGGACCGGAUAAUGUUGUGAAAGCGGGCAGCGAAUGUGGUUUAGCUUGUGUUAACUCACUAUCCUGUUUGUCCUUUAACCUGGCCGUAUUUCAUGGCAUGAAUGGCAAACUGCUAUGUCAAUUACUUCCAACCGACAUUUACAACAACUCGGACAAGUUUGCCACCAGUGAGCAAUUUCAUCACUACAGCAUCUUGGUAAGAGCAAACCACUCUUGACAAUUUUAUCAAAAAUCGCAAUUUAAGGGUUGAAUGACAACUCACGGGCUUUAACAGCGCUCUCGAGUUUAGAUUACCAAAACAGGCCAUCCAUGGACAUUUUCAAAAUAUGAAAACGUAGAAAAUUGGAUGGGGGGGCACCUUCCACCUUGUAUCAGGGUGGGGGUGUCAAUAUGUGUAUAGGUCUAACGCUCAUGAAGUUUGUUUCACAUGCAUUCAGUGUUAUCAGCAUCAAUAAUUAGAAACCUUUGGCUUACAGGAAGUACAUUACAACCGGCGUUCAAUUCUGUUAAUAAACCAUACAGAAAAUAUUUAGCUCAUUCAGUUCUUUAGAUAAGAAAAUUCUGAAUGAGAACACAAUUCGUUACAGAAAAGGGGGCUAAGGUCGAUGGCGUAUGUACGUGACGAAUCUCAUUUUCCUUUUUUUCCUUUAGUCUCCCUGCAUCAGUUGGCCUUGUCAGAACAAUGGGACAUGCGCUGCACAAUACAAAGACGAUAGCUACAUUUGCAUUUGCAAACGAGGAUACACAGGGAAACACUGCGAAAUUCUUGGUAUGAAAACCUCAUCGGUGGGGACCCCUUUGUAG